AUGGCGAUAAAAUUGUGUUGCUUUCCCAAGGAUCCACUAGAGGAUGUUGAGACUUGGAGUGAGUCUGUGGACAAAGUCCUCAAUUGUAAAGCCGGACAGAUAGCUUUCCAGGAGUUUCUGAAGUCCGAGUACAGCGAGGAGAACAUACUGUUUUGGCUCGCCUGUGAGGAGUAUAAGAAAAUCAAGAUUGCGCCAGAGAUGAUGUCUUCUGCCAACCGGAUCUACUCAGAGUUUGUCCAAACGGAAGCGCCCAAACAGAUCAACAUAGAUUGUGGUACCAGGGAAAACAUAACAAAGAACAUCUCCCAGCCUUCCCUGACUUCGUUUGACUCAGCACAGAAGCUCAUCUACAGUCUGAUGGCCAGGGAUUGCUACCCGCGCUUUCUAAAAUCUGACAUCUAUCAGGGACUCCUGAGAAGAACUAAUUCAAGGUGA